AUGCAGAGGAUAAAGGGGUUCACGACUGGAUCUUUGCCGACGUUUGUAGAUGUAGGUAACAACUUUGCAUCCAGUGCCAUCUUGGAGGACAAUCUUAUUCACCAGUUUGGACAAGUAGGCAAACGUGUGGUGUUUAUGGGUGACGACACUUGGGAGAGUCUUUUUCCUAAGAAGUUUUACCGCUCUCUGCCCUUCCCUUCUUUUAAUGUCAAGGAUCUCCACACUGUGGAUAAUGGGAUUCUCCAGCACCUCUACAACACUAUGGUGGGCGAUGACUGGGAUGUCCUAGUGGCUCAUUUCCUUGGAGUCGAUCACUGUGGUCACAGGUUUGGCCCGGAUCACCCAGCCAUGGCUGACAAACUCACGCAGAUGGAUGGAGUCAUCAGGUCUGUGAUUGACCGUCUGCAGAAUGACACACUCUUGGUGGUGAUGGGAGAUCACGGAAUGACAGAUACUGGAGAUCAUGGUGGAGAAAGUCAGAAAGAGACUGAUGCUGCCAUCUUCCUCUACAGUCCUUCUCCCAUGUUUCAUGGACCCCCAUCACAGAAUGAACCAGAUGUGGUGCCACAGACUGACCUGGUGCCCACCCUGGCUCUGCUACUAGGAGUUCCUAUUCCGUAUAGUAAUGUUGGGCAGGUUCUCUUGCCUUUAUUUCCACCGCAUGAGCAGACAGAAGGUGCAGUUGGAGGUCUCAGCCAGCUGGAGGCACUGUGGAUCAACACAAAACAGGUCAACCGUUUCCUGGAGACUUACUCUGGCAUGGCCAAAGACAUCCCACCAGAGAGCCUCUCUCGGCUGAAGAGUGAAUUUGCCCUCUUGUCUUCUGAGUUUCUCAGCGCUGUUAGAGAGGGUCGUUCACCCUCCCCGCAGCUAGCCUCUUCUCUGCAGGCUUACCUCACCUCUGUCAGAGACACCUGCCGAGCCACCUGGGCCCGAUUUAACCCACUGAAGAUGGCGGCAGGUUUAGCCAUCCUGGCAUUUGCUUGUCUGAUGUGUUUCAUCUUGUCUGAACUGUCUCUAGUGCUGAUCAGGGAGAACGGUGCAUUACUGAAGACUCCAGUUGUUGUGUCACUGACAGUGGGGGUUAGUGUGGCUGCUGCUCAGCUACUCAUACGGGGCUACAUUGAGGUGAUGUGGUGCCUUGCAGCUGCUGCUUUCAGCUCUGAACUCCUUUUCCUUUGGCGUUCACGCCAACUGAGCACCUCUACAGUGUCAAAAAACGGAACCAAAGCUCCAAAGCGUGUUAGCUGGCUGACCCUGCGUCAUCUCCUAGUCCCCUCUCUCUUGUUUCCACUCCUUCGCUGUGCCUCUCUGCUCUCAGACAGCUAUGUGAUUGCAGAAGGCCGGGUUGUGACAUUUUUGGUGUUAUCCCUGGCCCUAUGCAUUCCCAUCCAUCUCAACUGGGAUGGCCUACUUCUGCCCCCAAGCCAUGACCCGUUGAAGUCUGCUGGGCUGCUGCCUGCCCCAGCUUUGUCUCCAUCAGCUGUGAGGAAGGAAAGCGGCACCCUUCUAGCCUGCUUAGGACUACUUGUUGGCAGCCUCUACCUCUCCCUCUCGUUCCACGGCUGUCGGGAAGAGCAGGGCUCCUGCCAGCCAUCUGCAUUUCUUUCCCCUCUUUCCCGGUUGCAGGACAACCAGCUGAAGAACCUCCAUUAUGUCCUUGCUGUCAUUUCCCUUGGCUUGUGGACAUAUCUGCUAAGAUGCUUUCUCUGCCACUAUGGUAAUCUGAACUCGUCAGGCGGGACGGUGUUUACAGCUCGCUGGAUCCUACCGCUGCUGUCUGUGUGCCUGGGGCUCCACUGGGCUGUUAGUGCCACUCCGGAGGACAGCUUCAGGAAUCUGGCUGAGCUGAUCCACUUGGCACAGCUGGCCCUCCCCAGGGUCGCCUUCUGUCUGCUGGGACUGGGGCUUUUCCUGAUCUGGCUAGACCCCCUCACUGUGUUCGUGAAGACUAGGACUCAGGCUUCAGCCAAAAGUUUGACUCUACCCACACCCCGUUAUCGAGCAAGCAUUGGCAUCAGCCCCCAAGCUGAGCUGCACCACCUUAUCCCACAGAUCUAUCAGCGCAUGCGUCGUUCCCUAGAUGAUGGCGACCUGAGCGGGGCCAGCGAAGUGGACAACAGGCCUGCUGUGGAGGCCUACGGACUUGGAACAGUCUAUUCUGCUCCUUUGCUGUUGUUUAGUGGGUUGCUGGGGAUUGGUCUGCUGCUGUUGCACCCAGAGGGCAUGGCUCUGUCUUUCCUCCUGCUGCUACUAGAAACGGGAGCUCUGUUGCACAUUCACGCCUCGUCUACUACGCUUAGUGGCCUGCAUGGAAAGUAUUCUGGUGGGUUUAAUGUGCCUUGGACCCCAGUAGUGCUCUGGUCCCUGGCUGCCACGCAGUUCUUCCACGCUACAGGUCAUUUACCCACCUUCCCCUCUAUCCAGUGGGGUGCUGCCUUUGUGGGAUUUCCUGAAGGACACACAGGGACCAUACUGCCUGCCUCACUGGUUACCCUUAAUACUUUUGCUUCACACAUUCUUUUUGCAGUGAGUUGUCCAUUGCUACUGUUCUGGCCCCUGGUUUGCGAGGUGCGUGGGAGCAGAGGACGAGCCUGUGGGGAUGACGGAGAGGAUGCUGUGAUGGAGAUGAGGCUGAGAGAAAACCCUCAGAUGUUCAGCUCUGCUCUUCUGCAACUGUCAACACGCUACCUCCUUAUUCACGGAGCACAGGUCUUUGCCUCAGUCUGUGCAGCUGCUAUACUCAGGAGACACCUAAUGGUGUGGAAGGUUUUCGCACCCAAGUUAAUGUUUGAGGCCUCAGGGUUCCUGGUGAGCAGCGUGUUCCUGCUGAUUGGGGUCACAUUAGUGCUGAGAGUAGAUGUGGCUGUGGGCCAGUGGUUUAAAAGACUCAUCCCAGAUGUGUCCAGGUAG